AUGAGACUAGCUAGACUGGCGUCCGAGGUGGUGCAGCGCACAAAGUGAGUUGGAGUUUUUGAAAAUUUGAUUUUUUUUGAAAUUAGUCGAGCUUUGUGAAACUACAACUUCUUACGUAAAGUAUUAGGCCGUUCAAAUAAUUCUGUGCUCCUAAUCCCGAAAGCUUUCAUUGAGAAGUGGCGCAGAACUUUUUGAACAACUCAAUAUUGCAAGUAGCCAAGGCACUUUAGAGUAUGGUACUAGAUUGGACAAAGCAAAAUGGAUACUGUUAAGCUUAAAAGGUGCCUCUUGGUAUCUAAAAAGCUCUUUUUCUCUAAUUUUUAAAAUUUUAAAAUUCAAAAUUUUUCAAGCUUAAAAAAUUCUGAAAAAAUUCAUUUUGGUGUAACACCAUUUUGAAAAAAAGCGAAAGUUGUCUUCUUUAGUGUAAAAUAUGUGUAUAAGUACAGAAAGUCAUGACACAAAUUAUUUUUGACCGAACUGACAUUUUAUAAUUUUAUGACAUUUUUUAGUUUUAAAGUUUUGAAAAAAAAAUUGAAAAUUGUGCUGUGCCAAAAGUAAACAAGGGUGAAUCGCGAAAAUUUGUGAAAAUACGUUUUAGACUAUUAGAAACAAUUUAGUAACUGAAAACUUUUUGGUUGGGUUAAUGUAACAUGGUAUUUUUAAAGUUAAGGCUUCACAAGCGGACUUUUUUGGGUAAAAAUUAACUUUAAAGUUAACUUUUUUUGAAUAAAUGCAUUUUUAAAAACAAAAAUUUAGUAUAUUCUGAAUCUAAAGAAAAUUCUACAUUAGAUAGAUUAUAAUAUUGUUUAAAAAUUGGCUUAUUUUGUCAGUUCUUGGCCUUUUAGUUCAGUGGAUUCCGCCGAUUUAUUGUUUGAAAAUCCACGCGGGUUCGAAUCCGCGUGGAUGCAAGUGCCAUUUUUAGCCCUUAAACAAUAAAAAACGAUAAACAAUAGUAAAAAAUGUUAUUAUAAUGUAAAAUACGCAGUAUUUAAUAACUUUAAAAAAUUUAAAAUUUUCAGACCCGCCCCAGAUUACCGUCAAAUCUCGAAAAAAGUGAUAUGUAUCGGCCGAAACUAUAAUGAUGGCAAAGCUCCGCCGACACAGCCAAUCGUAUUCAUGAAGCCAUCAAGCUCUAUCAUCUCCAACAAGUCCAGUAUCAGAGUGCCCGAAGGCUGUGGUAAAUUGGUGCAUGAGGUUGAGUUGGGCGUGGUAAUUGGAAAACCGGCCCGAUUUGUGAAACGAGAAGAUGCCUAUAAUCAUGUAGCCGGCUACACGUUAGCGUUGGACAUGACUGCUAGGGAUAUUUUGGUAAGAAUGAAGUUUUUGUUAUAUGGGAGACGUAUUAUAGGAUGAAAGAUGUUAAUUGGGCGAAAGGGGGACAUGUUAUACGGUAAAACAUGUUUUUGUUACCUAAAAGUGACAUUUUAUACGAUGAAAGAUGUUUUUUUUUAUAAACCUUGCCAUUUUCAGGACAAGCUAAUUGAAAAUGGUCAUCCCUGGUUCCUGGCCAAAUCUUUCGAUACAGGCUGCGCCCUACACGGCUUCAUAGACAAAUCCGAGAUCCCCGACCCACACAAACUCGAGCUUCAGUGUUCCGUGAACGGUGAGCCACGACAAUGUGAGCGAACCUCCGAGAUGUUCUUCGACAUUCCAACGCUAAUCGAGUUCACGAGCCAGUUCAUGACCUUGGAGCCGGGAGAUUUGAUCUUGACUGGAACGCCCGCAGGGGUUUCGGCCUGUAAACCCGGAGAUCGGAUCGAUGCCUCGAUAUCUGGCCAUUUGGCUACGACUUUUAAUGUUAUUGCUUAA